AGGUGCCAUUAUACUAGAUAUAGAAAAUACUUAUUCAAAUAUAGAAGCCUUUUAAAGUAUCGGCAGGUUCACAAUAUACAUUUAUAUAUAUUCUCAUUUGCUCCAGUUUUGUGACAUAAAUUCUAUAUUUGUGAUGAACUGUCUCAACACGAAAGCAGUGGUCAGGAGUCCUCUUGCCACAGCUCCAGGAAAUAGAGCUGCAGAUGAUGAUGUUGAUCUGGAAAGUUUAAUAAGCAUGAGAUAUGAUGAUGAAGAAUCAGACAGACAGUCAGAAAUUUUUAACAACAGCGGAACAUCAGAUGAAUCGACCACAAGCCUGGACAAUGGAAUGUCAAAUCAUUGCAACGGACAUGGAAAAGUAACAAAUGGAAAAAGUUUUUUCAAGUCUCUACCAAUGGCAAUUCUAAGUAGAAAGAAGUUAUUCGGGUCGCAUUCAGAUUUAUCCAAUCAACGUCCAUCCUCUCCAGUUAUCCCAGUGCAGCUAUCAUCAUCCAUUCCACAAUCAGAUCAUAAUUCAUCCUUCAAACAUAGAAAAUCGCCCUUGGUUGAAAGAUCAGCUCACAACAAAAGUAACGGUGUUCAUAAUCAGAAAAUAUGGUCAGUUUGGGUGUCAGAUUCAAACAUGUUUCAAGAUGUUGAACUUCCAUACGAUGCAACAUGUAGUCUUCUUCUUCAUAUGCUUUUAUUAAAAUUACAACGACAGACGGAUCUAACAACAUGGUCAAUUGUAUUACAAGACAGCGAGUUUUUAAUAGAACGAAUUAUUGAAGAUCACGAAGUAUUGGUCGAUAUUAAAGAUACCUGGUCAUCGGAAUCAAUUAACAAAUUGUGUCUCAACAUUUCGCCAACGAAAUUUGAAAUUUUGCAAAAUCCAGAGUCAUGUCUUCCGCCAGGAAUGUUAACAAUGUCGUCACAACCUACUUUAAUAAUGGAAAGUACAGAAACGAAACGUUAUAAAAUGCAGUAUAUUCUAACGAAAACAGCACCUGAAUUUUGUGGUUGGCUACAUGUUCGAGAUUGUGGCGCCAGGUUUUGGAAAAAAACAUUUUGUGUUCUCAGAAAUUCUGGUCUAUAUUGUAGCAGCAAAGGAGAAAGCAAGGAACCUCGUCACUUGCAAUGUUUCGCCGACGUUCUUUCAUCUAAUGUCUGGGUUUCGGCUCCGAAUAAGAAAUUUGAUUCAACAUCAUAUUGUUUUUGUAUAAAAAGUAAAGGUUCACCGGAUAUGAAAUGGUUGAGCGCUGACAGUCAGCUUGAGCAAAGAGCAUGGAUAAAUGCAAUCAGACUCAUAAUGAACGGAAACAGAUUUCACGAAUGUUACGUCAACGCCAGGCGGAGAGGUGCGACAGUAUUUUCAAGACUGAGGUCUUCAGCUCCAUUAAGUUCAUCUGAAAAUAACCUGGUCGCAAUGGAUUUCAGUGGAAAUCAGGGAAGAGUCAUCAGUGAUCCAAGUGAACUCGCAAUGAUGGAACUUGAACAACAAACAUCAUGGAGAAGGAAGAUAAUAAGAUCACAUGCUCAUGUUGGGUCAUGUCAUGCAGAUAUGAAUGGAAGUUCUGCACCUACUCAGCAGAUGGCUUGGAUUGCCCGAUCAAUACAUCAGACACAACCAUGGUUUUAUGGCAAAAUAUCAAGAGAAGAUGCUGCAGAAGUUCUUCAUAGACAAGGACUCAUAGAAGGGUCAUACUUAGUUCGGGACAGUCAUCGUAUACCAGGAGGUUUUGUUAUAACCUUGUGCCAUAACCAGAAAAUAAAGCACAUCGCUGUUAGCCAGAUUGAAGUGGACGGACAGUGGUGCUUCUCACUCGAUAAUGGUGAAACAAGGUUUGCAGAUCUUAUUCAACUCAUUGAUUUUCAUAGACUGAACAGAGGUACUUUACCAUGUCAGUUACAGCAUGAAGCAAUAUCAAGUUAUUCAUAGUGAAAAUCUCAGAACAUUUUUUCACUCUUUUUUUUAACUUCUUUACCAAAAAUGAAAUUUUAGUUUAUGAUGUGAAGAGUAUCCACCAUAUGCCUGCGCACGACAGCCCCACCCAAUUUUUUAGCCUAUUUUCUUUCUUUAAUCUGCCAAUUGGUGCUUUCAUUAUUACUUUUAUUGUUUCUUUGAAAUGUUGAUUUUUACAUUGACUUUAGUUUGUCCAUGAUCGGCGGAAAAGCAAGGUUUCUAAUACUAACUAAUAGGGAUUUAGAUAAGCCUUACAUAUCCAUUUGCUGUGUUUUGGUACAGUGUUGUAAUAAUUUUUUUUACCAUAUAUGGGUGUAGAAGUCACUCAACUAAUUUGGCUUUGAAAUCUGAGAUUAAGUGUGUGAUGCUAUUUUGUAUAACCACUGUUGAUAUAGUUACUGAAAUGAAAUCAAAAAACUUGUUUCAACCGGAAUUUAAGGUUAUUUAGGCAUAAUUUUUAAUUAUUCAUGUAAAACUAACUAAAAGUAAUCAAUUCAAUUUCACGGCCUGAGAUAUUUAAGUGGAUGUGAAAUUCCAACAUAUACUCAAUGAAUUUGAAUUGAGAAUUUUAUAUACUCGUCUGAGAAAUGUGACUUUUGAAACUUGGAAAAUACUGCAUUACCUAAUACUUUUUGCGUUAUUCAGCAUGUAUUUGUGUGUCCUAUGUCUUUUAUUUUGUCUCCCGGAACAAAAACAAACACUGCCAAAUCAGUAAUAAAAUAAAAUCAGUUUGUGGGAUGAUUUUCAAUAUGUUGUUUGGUAACAUCUGUAUUGUUUUCAAAUUAAUAGAACCAAUAGCGCACAAAGUUUAAAUUUGUACUGUGCAGAACAAAUGGCUGAUUGUUUCCAUACCUGGCGUGGACUAGAAGCCAUGGUUUACUUUGCUAUUAAGCUAUCUUAUCUAUCCUCAGAGAUAAAUUUGAAAAUGCUAUCCCACUAGUAUGUUUCGAUUGAUGCUUCAGAUAAAUGCGUUCCUCGAAUGAGUGUUCAGAACAUUCCACAUUGAAGGUGUUUUGACUCCAUACAGAUUGUUUUCUAAGCUUUUCAUCCUUUUUUUAAAAGUUCAAUGCCAGUAAGCCUAAUGUGGGCUUUGUAGUGCACAAUGCACAUAUAUCAAAUAAACUACCUAUUGUUUUAUAGUUAUUGCUUUUUAGGUGAAUCCAAAUUUGUGAAUAUAUGUAGUGUUUGAAGAAUAAUUUAGUUUUAAGAUUUUUUUUCUCAAAUCAGUGUAAAUUUGUUAUCAACUCAAAACUGUAAGUACAACUCAGGAAUGUUAAAUGAAAGUAUAAGGGCUUUUCUUGGCUGAAGUAUGCGCACCAAGAUGUCGCAUAACCUGAACCCUUACCUGGUACACAACCUGAGUUUAGGUUGUGUGCCAUCUUGGUGCACAUACUUCAGGAGGUCCCUUUUCUUGACUUCAGUUUAUUGUCUGUAAAUUGGAAUUGGUGGAAAUAUGUAGCCUCAGGCCAGUGGUUUGCAUCCGAGGUUCCGGAUCAUUUUGUUUUCCAAUUUUGGCUUUAGAUAAAUUUUGAGUAUUUAAAUUUAUUCCAAUGGUAUUUUUUUUCAUAAGACACUUCAACUAUAGGGUUCUUCUGAGUCUCUGGAAUAUUUUAUCGGUCUCCGCUACCCAAAAAAAAUUGAAAACUACUGCUCUAGGUCUAUUUUAAUCAGAAAUUGAUAACUGAAUGCAAUAACUCACGAAGAAACUCUUCAGAAAAAUGUAAAUGAUUCUUACAUUUCAUUUGGUUGUACCAUAUUUGGAUUUAUUGAAAUAUUUCCUGCCAUGGAUACUUUCACAAAUACCGGUAGAUAUGAUCUAUUUUGCAUAUCCGAGCUGUAUUUACAACACCUUUUAUGGCACGUACAAAAUGCUUUUGCUCGACAUAAACUUAAUGAUCAACUAAAUAUAAAUAGCAAUUGAACUGUUAAUGCUUGGAAAGAAGAAAACUCAAGAACAUGAAUUCCCCCAGAUAGUCAAUAAACAACAAUCUGCUAUCAAUUGCGAUGGCAAACGCUGUGAUUAGAUUUAAAUACCAACAAUAACCAGUGAUGGGAUAAAAGACGGUAAUUUUAACUUCAAAUGAUAUUGUGGCCUUUUUAUUUACUUUCUUUCAGUGUUAUUUUGCUUUAUCUUGUGACAUUAACGUGUGGUGACCCCAACGCACUCUGCUGUACAGAUUUAAUAUAUUUCUUUAUUUAUUUGUACUUCUUCGCCUUAUCAUCUGUUGCUUUAUUAUGUGGCGAACUGACCAUUUAUAAAAAUUUAUGAUGGAAA